UGCAUUACCAGCAAAAAAGGAAGAUGUUAGAUUGAAACAUACAAGCAGAAGCGGUCGGAGGAAAACAUUUCACAGUGGGCAGUGGCCAAUAGUGCCUGCCCUCUUCUUUAGGCCUGGCCAGUGCAGUGUUUGAUGGUGGUGACCACCAAAAAGGUUAGCAAUAUAACAACUAGGGUACCAAAACCCUUUAAAAUAAUUUCGUAAGGUCAGUAAUCACUUGGUUUAGACCACCACUACUCUCUCUCUCUCAACUCUCUGACAUUCUGACAAAGAAAAAAACUCUUUUGUGUCUACAGCCCAAAACGAAUCGUAUACAUGUCUCAUGUCUGGCCCAGCCUAAAGUCAUUGAAUUUGAACCCACAUCUCUUUAAAGUUGAAACAAUUAUUACACAAGUUACACUUUACAUUACUCGCAUUUAAUUAAUUUUAAAUCCCAUGCUGCCAAAAUAAUGAACAGAUUAAUACUGACUAUUAUAACUUUAGGGUUGAUCACUUAUUACUAGCAAAUAAUACUAUUGUGUCUCUAUAUGUAAUAGUUAUCUUAUGUUACAUAUAUGUACACAACUAAAGAAGCAACUCAUAAUAAUGACCGCUAAUUAAAGCAAAAAAUUAUUAGCUAUAUAGCACAACCAUUGCCAGUAGUGCCACUCUCUACUUUAAUUAAUUCAAGUCAGUAAUAAAACUUGUAUCUUUUAUUUCUACGGACUCUUUUUAAGUACUUUCUUGGUAACAUAAGCUUGACUAGUCAAUAAUCAUUUCUUGCCAUCUAAAUGCCGAACUAGAAACUACCCUCCCUUUUAUUUAUUAGAGACUAUAACAAGCAUGACAUAAAGAAAAUUCAAAAAUCAUAUCCCAAAGUUAGAGUACUAAAAUAUGCUUACACAUCCACUUGAAGACAAAUAAUAAUAAGUCCCUUUUUACGAGUCUUAAUUAAUCAUUAAGGAGAUAGUAGUGCAUGUAGGCCACAAAGCAGCAUAAAAAAACAAAGAAGAGAAACUGACAUUACAAAAGCUUUGUAGUUUUGAUAUAGUAUAGUAUAGUAUAUGUAGCAAUACAACAUUUACUUAUCUCAUAUUCAAAGCAAAAGCCCGCCAUAUACACUCAUCACGUUUUCUUUUCUUCCAUUACUAUUACUGUUACUACCUACUAUAACAACUACUCUACUACAACCUGUAACCAAAUUUUAAAUCUCUCUCUUUUUCAGUUUUGUUUUCACAAAGCUUUUCACAUCUUUUUCUCUCAAUUUGAACUAAUAUUCCUUUCUCUUUUUCUUUUUUUUUUUCUUAACAUAUCUUAUUAAAAAGUUGAAAGACAAAAGUAUUGAACUUAACAAAAUACAAAAAGCCCAACUCUUUCUCUCUCUUUUCUUUCACUUCACUACUUGAGAGAUUUCUGUCUCAGUAAUAAUGAAGCUAUUCUUAUCAUCAUCUUCUUCUUCCCCUUCAUUAUCAUCCUCAUCACCCACUUCUUUCGACACUAGAAUUUACAAUUCAAAAACUGCCGCCACCGCCGGAUGCAUAGCUGGAAUUUUGCGCAGAAUUCUCUGCUCCGGCACUCUUCCCACGCACCCUUCUGAUCAAACCACAGAAGAAACUAACUUUCUUGAGUUUGAUUCAAAAGCUAUUACGACUCCGGGAACACCUGGGCUCGUGGCGAGGCUGAUGGGUUUGGACUCGUUGCCAGAGCUCGGUUCUGAUUGGACACAGCAGAGACCCCAGAAUUCGAUUUCCCGUAGCCGGUCGAUGAAUUCAGCCGAACGGGUUUCGGGUUUGGACGAUUCAAAGCACCGGAGGGUAAAGUCCACGACGUCAUUUCGUGAGAUGCCGGAGUUUCUUGAGCUCGAAAGUGAAGAAUUUUUUAUACUCAGCUUCGAGAAUGUAAACGAGAGAAAAGGAACUAGACCGAAGGAGGCCAAACGCAAAAAGGGUUUUGGAGAAUUGAAGCAGAGAAAGGAAAAGAAAAGCGAAGGAGUCGAAAAUGGCGAAGAAGAAGGAAGAAAAGUUUUGCGUGACUUGAAUGGAAAAGAGUUGCAAAAUAGUAAUAUAAGAAGAAGAAGAAGAAGUACUAAAGAUAAUUCUAAUAAUAACGUGAAACGACAAGUCGUUUCAGAUCAAAACAAGAAGAAGGAGAGAAAGGAAAAUAUUAAAAAAAUUCAAGGUGUUAGGACAGUAGAAGAACAGCCUGAUCAUCAGCGGUGUACCUCGGAAGAUGCAAGCCCUGUUUCAGUUCUAGAUUGUGGGCAGUUCCAUAUUGAUCCCAAAAUUCCUAUAUCAGUAACAGAAGUGGACUACUGUAGUUCGACAACUUCAAGCUCAAGGAGGAAACUAUCAAUGGAGAUUAAAAACCGCAAGAAAUUGUGUCCACGUAGAGACAAUAAUUUGAUUAGUGAGGAGAGACAGACGGAGAGAAAACAUCUUUGGUCAAGGAAGGAACAGAGCCAUGAUGAUACCCAAGAGUGUUCGGAUAUUUUGGAUGAGAUUUGCAGGAUGAGUGAGACUGAGUUGGUCAAGUCGAAUUGGGUACAAAGAUGGAGUUUCAACCAAGAAGAUUUUAAGAGCAUUUGUGAAGAGUUGGAGUCAAAGAUUUUGGGGCAGUUGGUAGAAGAAAUGGUGGAUCAGAUUUGAAUUUGUAAGAUUUCUUACUAACUCUUGUAAAUCAACCCAUUAUAGCUGUGUAACCCCACUUAACUCAACACAAAUAAUAAGUUGUGAGCCUGAUUAAUUGACCACAGUUCAUCACCA